AUGAAUUUAUUAUUUUUCAUAUUUUAUUCAAUAAAAGAUUGUUCACGUAUAAGAGAAACGCCGAUUGGAUCAAAACAAUACACUAUUACAACCGAGGAUGAUGAUACUCUUUGUAUAAAACCUUUAUAUUAUCCGACUUAUAUAGUAUUUAGUCAAUAUAACAAUGAUACUGUCUAUUAUGGAUCCAUUGAUGAAGAUGGAAGCGCCGAAGAAAGUUCUCAACUUCGAUUUUUACCUUUUUAUCAAAUUAUUGACAAAUAUAAUUAUACAGCAAUGAUAAAGACGCCAACAGGUGGCAACAUCUCUUUUUCAUCAAUAUCCUUUCCUGGAUCAUGCGCAGAUGGAGUUUAUUUCUCCACAAAGCUUCAAGAUGAAAUAAUUCUUUCACAAAACGAUUCAGGAUUCAAAAAACUGCAAAUAUUCGACGACAAAUGUAUGGUUUGGUCUACAAAAGGUCAUCUAAAUAUAUCUCUUGAAAUGGAAUCAGAUGAUAACGAAGAUCAACUUUAUAUUUAUUAUAACUACACUGAGUUUAGUUCCAUAUCAGGGAAUAGCUCCUUGCAUAUUUCGACAGAUGCCACAAAGCCAGUUUUCUUCAGAUUAGUUGCAGAUGACUUCAAUCCACCAAGAUGGGCCAAAAUCAAGAUCAGAAGUGAUGGUGAUGAGCCACGUAGAGCUGAAUAUGGAUUUUACAUUCCAAAGUUUAUUCCACCGAUUUGCGACGACAGCAGAAGAUGGUUUUCAGAGCGGACUGCAAUUUUGUCUCUCGUUUGCUUAGCGAUACUUAUGUUGUUAACGAUGAUAAUGAUCGGAAAACAGUGCAUUUUUACUGAAUCUGAACAAGAUCUGUACCUUUCCGCCGCAGAAAAUCUUUCAUCCCAUUAUCAUUACGGAACUUUGUCAGUUGAAAGCUUGGCUUCUUCAGAAUAA